CAAAGUCCUAGAGCCGGAUAGAUCAGGAAUGAAGGGUUUAUGCUCGUAUGGUGAUUGAUUUGUUUCUCAUCUUCAGAUCUGCAAAUCAAGCAGCAUAUGAAUGCAGAUCUGAUGAUGAAAGAAGACCUGAAGAUGGGAGAAGCGGAAGCAAUGGAGAUCUCCAGAAGCAAUGGCCUUAAAUUCCCCUUUUAUUUUCUUCUUCGUAUGGAAUGUAGCCUGGCUGAGUGUUUACAAGGGGUUGACCUGAGUAUAUGGGGUAGAAAUUCGUAGGUGAAGGAAUGGCAACAAAGUGGUCUUUCCAGAUGUUGCUGAAAUGAUCAAGGCUGCACCAGUGAUCGAGAGGGAAGAUAAAAAUACUGGUAACCAAAGAAAAUACUGGUAAGGCUACUAUCAGCUCUUGUGAUGAGAUAUUGAGAGAUAAAAAUCCUAAAUGCAGCUCUUGUUAUGAUUGUAUUUUGCAACAUCUGAGGCUGGUUAUGUUGGUUAUUUUUAAUGAAAUUUGCCAAUUCAAAAAUAUGGUCCUAAUAACCCUGGAGUUUCACAGUAAGACUUCCAAAUCAAGCCUAAGCAACCUAUCCACCACACCACCUAUGUAGCACAAAUCGACCCAGGGUUCGAGGCCCAUAAUAACUGCGUGUGUAUAAUAAAACUUAUGAAUAAAU